CCAAAUUAAAAAUAAGCAAGGCAACGACCUUGCCUGGUCAGCUGAUGGGUUUCCUUUCCUUCUUCCCUCUAUUUGAACUGAAAAAACCUGGUGCAAUGGCAAUGAGCUCGGCGUAUCCUCCUUGUAAAAGAAGGAAGUUGGAACAUAAUAACACACCAAAGUUUGAAAACGAGAAAUGCAGCGUAUGCGUCAGAUUUUGGGUCCUUUGUUCAGUAGAGAUGUGAUGAAGCAAAACCAUAGUGAUGAUGCCAAACCAGGAAGAGCUCUGGAGAGCAAUCAAUCUUUGUUGUUUGACAACUUGCAUUCAUCUGAAAGUUCAGAGCGGCAACAGCAACGAAUUUGUGGCCCUCUUGCUGCUCUUACAUUCAACUUAGUCGUUGCGGUUGGCAUCAUUUUCAUGAAUAAAUGGGUUCUUAAAAAUGUUGGGUUCCAGUUCCCUGUAUUUUUGACUGUUAUUCACUAUGCAGUCAGCUGGGCAUUAAUGGCAAUUUUGAAUUUUUUUUCUCUUUUCUCUGCAUCUCCUUCCUCAAAGGUGGCCCCUUUAUCUUUAUUUACUUUUGGCGUUGUUAAUUCUGUGUCCACUGGCCUUGCUAAUGUCAGCUUGAAGUACAAUAGUGUGGGAUUUUAUCAGAUGGCUAAGAUUGCUAUUACACCAUUGAUUGUCCUUUUGGAAUUUAUAUGGUACAGGAAGAGAAUUGCUUUCUCGAAGGUGAUUGCACUAACAGUUGUAUCUAUUGGGGUUGCUGUUGCUACUGUAACUGAUUUACAAUUCAGCCUCUUUGGUGCUUGUGUUGCAUUGGCAUGGAUACUACCUAGUGCAGUCAAUAAAAUCCUUUGGUCCAAUGUGCAACAACGAGAGAACUGGACAGCACUGGCGUUAAUGUGGAAGACAACACCAAUCACUUUGUUUUUUUUGGUUUUUAUGAUUCCUUUCUUGGAUCCUCCUGGUGUCCUUGCAUUCCAUUGGAGCUUCAGCAAUACAUCAGCGAUUCUCAUGUCUGCUUUUCUUGGCUUCUUGCUUCAGUGGUCGAGUGCUUUGACACUUGGUGGGUGGCUUCUCUGAAGCGCUUCACUAUGAGGUUGUGGCAUGGUUGAAAAAGGAUAGCUUAAGGAUAUUGGGGCUCUAUCCUGCAUUGUUCAAUUUAUUUACAACCUGAAGUAGUGAGAAAUGCAUUUAACCCACAACCAGGAGGAUGAUUGCAGCAAGUUGCUGGUACAGAAUAUGGGACUAAAAGCUGGUUUUGACAGGACAUAUCAAGAAAGAAAACUUGUUUUAAGUUAAUUAAAAGCUUUGAGCUGAUCCUUUUUUAAAAUGUUUAAGUAAUUAUGAUGUGAAGUUGGUGUGAACCAACUUCAUUUCGCUUUGGUAAGGGGCUAGGGUAGUCAAGUGACAAUGUUUAUACAUGAUUUAUGAAGCUUUAUCCAUGAACAUUAAUAAGAAACUCAAUUCAUGAAUCUGAAGAGGUAAGGGUUUUGUUUUGUGGGGCUAGUGACGACUAUGAAAUUUGGUUUUAUAUGGAAGAAGCAAAGAGGGAGAAAAAAAAGUAGAUUAAGGAAUAAGAUCAUUAAGCAGAAAUUCACAAAGUUGGUAAAUACUUUUGCUUUUAUUCUAACAUUUUAUGAUAAAAUGCUAUUAGAGUUAAUUUUUUUAAAUCAGUAUGGGCGUUACUUUUUUAUGUUAUUGGUGUUUAUUUAUGUUAAGGGGAACGAUGAUGAGAGUUAAUCUCAAUUAUUAAGAGUUUAACGAUUGAGACAAUAUGUACUUUCUUUUUUUUAUACAGGAAAGAGGUGAAUAGGAAAUAGGGUUUUAAAUUGGGUAAAAUACACUAACAUCCCUAACUUUUACCUAUAAUUACCUAUAAUUCCAUGCUAGUCUAUUAGUUUAAAAAUGAACAGUCUGUACCAAAAGAAUAUAUUUUGUUGGAUAGAGAAGUCCUGUUGUUAGUUAUUUUGUCAGUCUUUGUUUAUCUGAUGAAUUUUAGGAUAAUUUUGCCCCUCGUUCCAUGUUCUUGCUUAAACCAGAUCCCUUAAACCAAAAGCAAAAAA